AUGUCCGGCGCCGCACUACCCAAGGACUCCCGCCUUCCUGGCGAGCACUUCGAGGUCCGCCAGACCGCCACCUCCAAUGACUACCACCCAGACCGGUCGAAGUCGCUUCCCCUCUCGCCCGCACGACAGGCUCUUCUUGACGACAUUCUUGCGCUUUACUCGUGCCAGCCGACACGGCGGCGCGUGGAGCGCUACACCCGUGACUGCGUAUACGAUGACCAGUUCGUGUACGCGAACGACCGCUACAAGAUGGCCGGGCAGUGGUUCGCGCUCCCAAAGCUGUUCGCGCGCAGCGUGAACGAGGGGUAUGAGGUUGUGCGCAACGACCGGGAGCUUAUUCGGUUCAAGAACGAGCAGACGUGGACGUUCCCGGGGAACUUGAAGUCAACCACGAUCAACGCCAUCGUCUCCCUCUCCCUUGACCCGGACACCGCGGAGUCGGACUUCCCGCAGGUCAAGUACCACAAGGAUCAGGCGAAUGAGAAGGACUACUCGCACUCGGGUCCGGGAUUCGCGUUCAAAAAAUGGCAGGCGGACAAAGUCGCAGGCAUGAUGGAUUCAGAGGACGUCGAGGCAUUCAAGGACGACAGUCGUGAUGAUUAUCAUGAGCCUGUUCGCAAGCAUGAGAGCGGCACUGCCGAUGCUUCUCUCAAGCAGUUGUAA